AUGCGGGCUGCGCUGAAGGAUAAGACGAAGAAUGAGGAGGAGAAAGGGAGGGAUGAGGCGCAGCCCUUUCCUUUGGCGCUUCCUUUAUCGAUCAUACAGCAGCCAUUUGUGCGGGCCAUCAUUGUGGAGAACGAGGCGAUGCUCCAGGAAAUUACCCACCUCCGUCGUGUCCGCCAAGACCACGCGGAAGAGUGUCGUCAACAUGUGCGUACCGCAGAAACGGCGGCGCGACAGCUGCUGACCAUGUUGGAGGCAGAAGGGCGACUCGAGUUGUGCGUGGCGUGGCAGAAGCGUCUCAUGGGUGGACUGUGCGAGACAAUGGAGGAGUUAGAGGCGCUGCGGGAGGAAAACGCCGCGCUGCAGCAGGUUAUUGUGAAGGUGCAGAAGGAUCUCGGGGAGCCAGAAAUGCAUUCAUCUCUCCUUUGGUCGGAUGGGGACGUGACACCGGCGCGUGUCAUCACGGCUGUCGAUCGUGGAAGCAAACUAUACGCAAAUUAUACUAUUCCGCUUACCAAAAGAGCGGAUUCCAACUCACCACGGGUGUCGUUUCGACUCUCACGGAAGCGUGGGUGCGACAGUGGCGAUAGCUGGCUUUUCUCUCCCGCAGGGGUGACCGCGGUAGAGCGAAGUUUAAGCCAGCAACCCACAUAA